UCAGUCCCGGCAAGAUGGCGGCCCCCAUGGAGCUCAGCUGCUGGGGAGGAGGCUGGGGGAUCCCUUCGGUCCACAGCGAGUCCCUGGUGGUGCUGGCAUAUGCCAAAUUUUCUGGCGCACCCUUGAAAGUCAAUAUUAUAGAUAACACCUGGAGAGGUUCAAGAGGUGAUGUACCAAUUUUGACAACUGAAGACAGCGUUGUUUCUAAGCCUGCAAAAAUUCUAAACUUUUUAAGAAAACAGAAAUAUAAUGCUGAUUGUGAGCUCUCAGCAAAACAGGGGGCGGAUACGCUGGCUUACAUUGCUCUCCUGGAAGAGAAGCUUCUCCCUGCUGUGCUUCACACCUUCUGGGUGGAGAAUGAGAAUUACUUCACCGUGACCAAGCCGUGGUUUGCCUCUCGUAUUCCUUUCCCUCUGAGUUUAAUCCUGCCUGGAAGGAUGUCCAGAGGAGCCCUGAAUAGGAUUCUCUUGACAAGGGGAGAACCUCCCCUCUACCAUGUCCAAGAAGUGGAAGCACAGAUAUACAGAGAUGCCAGGGAGUGCCUCAAUCUCCUAUCAAACAGAUUGGGAACAUCUCAGUUUUUCUUUGGUGACACGCCUUCCACCUUGGACGCCUAUGUGUUUGGUUUCCUUGCACCUCUUUAUAAAGUGCAUUUUCCCAAAGUUCACUUACAAAAGCACCUGAAACAGCUCUCCAACCUGUGCCGCUUCUGUGAUGACAUCCUGGACAGCUACUUCAGGCACGGUCCUGGAGGCAUCUCCCCAGCUGGACAAGAAAUGGUAGAUGCACACCUGCAGAAGCUCACACAGCUUGUAAAUAAGGAAUCCAACUUAAUUGAGAAGAUGGAUGGCAACCUCCGCCAAAGCCCCCAGCUUCUUCCUCGGAAGCUGCCGACCCUCAAACUGACUCCAGCAGAAGAGGAGAGUAAUUCCCUGCAGCUGCUGUCACCCUGAUAGUCACAGCCAGUUGCAGCCAGUCUUAGGAUCGUUGCAAUAAUUGGUGAUGCCAAGUGUACAGAGACCCAAAGAACACUGUAAUGGGUUUAAGACUAAAGCAGAGGGAUCUGUAUGUGACUUUCUUUUUAAAUUAGGAAAGCUAUUAUUUUAGCUUGGCAGUGCAUUUUAAAUAAAGGUGAAUGCUAAGUGAACUGGGUGGGUGGGCGGGCAGGGCAAGCACAUGGUACUGUAUAUAAAAUUCCUGCCUUAACCCUGGCAGAUCUUUGCCUUUGGUUCAGGUGUUGCUGACCAAAAGCUGCAAUUCUGUUCUGAAUGUGCAUUUUUAAUUUAUUUAGUUAAUUUAUUAACUUAGUUUUUCUUGGACUCGUCUCAGUACAUAUUAUGUGGCUUUUUGGCUGAGACCUUAUUCUUCUUUUUAGAAGUCUGAUGCUAAUUUUAGGAACCAGGAAAAAUAGAAAUUAUUUCAAUAGAAAAGCCUGUAUUUAAUUUUAAAAAGCAAUGAGGAAUGUGCUUCUUAAUUAUUCUCUCAUAAGUCUGCUCCUUUGGCAGUUUAGUACUACAUAUACAAAUGUUAAAGGUGGUUUAUAUAAUACCCCUGAUAACGCACGCACACAUGCCAGUAUGACUAAGUACUUGCUGAUAGGUUUGCUCUAAGCUAGCAAAGGUGAACAUGGCAGCCUUAGACCUGUGUAUUUCAGUACACUGUUGCCUACUUGUUCCAUUCUUAUAUCAACCCCAGAACUGGAAGUCCAGCUCCUCUUAUUGUAUUGUUAUUAUGCUCAGUUAACUGUUAAGUUUCCUUGGGAUGAGCCUUGGCAAGGGUCCUAGAUCCACUCCUGUGUGUCCGGUCCCAGUGCUCUAUUUGACUCAAAGCAGUUUGUUUCACAAUAAGCUUACCAUGUAGUCACACUUUCUGACAAACUAUUAUUUCCUGUUCAUUUUAAUUACAGUUGAAGGAUCCAAAGGAAUGAGUCAAAAAUAGCAGGUUUCUAAGAUGAUUUAUAGUUAUUGGUUGUAAAUGAGCUGUUCAAGGAUUUGCUGUGUGGUAGUUUUACAUUUAAUAGAAACGUGCUGAUUUUAGUGGCCAAGGUGCUUCUGCUAUUGUAAAACUACUUCUGGGAUUUUAAAAAUAGGAUCAUGUUUGGGAUUGUAUUUUACAAGAUUACUAUGGUGCUCAGAAAAUGUUACCGAGUUCUAUAGAAACCAGACUGUGUUGUCUAGAGACUCGGCUACUGUGAGCAGAGUGGCGCUCAGCUGCAUUUGACCUACAUCGCUCAGUUUGCUCUGUGUUUUGGUAGAUGUAAGUCUUAGGUCACUAUAAAUGCUCAUUCUUGAAAGCUUUAAAUAAGACAAGGUAAUCCUCACAGUCUUGUCCAUCUCUUUGAGUGCAUUUGCAUUUAGGACUUGUACUCAAUGAGUUUCACAAUACUUGUUUAACAAAGGGUGUGCAUUCAUGUGUGUGUGUGCAUGUGAGGAAGCACGUGUGAUUUAGAGUGUAUGAUGCGGGAAUGAAUGUGUGCUCGUGAGUGUGGGUUUGUGCAUGUGUGUGUGAGUGAAUGUGUAUAGGGUAAGUAUAUGUAUGUGUGUGUGUGUGUAUGUGGUGUAUGUGUGUGUGUGUGAUCUAAGGCAAGUUACAACAAUCUGAAAUCUGAGUAUAUCUGAGUAUUGUGUUUUAAAAUUAUUGAUCAAGAGGCUUCAUUGUCUCUAGGAUUGAUUUUUAUAUUGAAGAAGGACGGUUGACACAUUAGUCAUAUAUCUGUUUAUGCUUUAAUCAGGGUUAGUCAUUUUCAACUAUUAUUAAUAGUAAACCUUCCAAAAAGUAUUUGAAGUAGUUUAUAAUUGUAAAAUGCAUGUAAGAAUGGGACAAUUAUUUUUGAAAGAUAACAAUUCCUAAGAGAAAGAACCAUAUCAAGAGUACUAGAUUGUAGGGUGAUGUUAGGAGAUAAUUCUGAGGUAAGUUCUGCUGAUGUCUGUGAGGAAGGGACAUGUGCUUGCAUGGUAGAAGAAUGUAGCGGCGGACCAUGUUCAGAAGAAUCUAGGCUUCAACCAAGGAGUGUGCUGUACCAAACUCUUCUUAAUCAAAAGGGUUCAUUUUAGAAUAACAAGCACUUGUUCUUUUUAGUGGAAAGGAUGUCUGUAAAGUGGUCACCCUGCUCUGAACUGCUGUUAGCCUUACGUUCUGUAGCCCAUGUGCUUCACAUUUCUCAGAUGCAGAACCUUAGUUAGCUGAGCAAGAACUGAGAUGUAAGUUACUGAGUUCAGCUCUGUGUCUAAGCAAAUGGGACAACAGGAAGCAGUGACUGAGCACAGAAUACUUCAGGGACCAGGCACGCCACUGAGAAGCUCUUAGCUGGACAAAGGGAUGGAUCGUGGUGACCCUGUCAGGAUAUCCGUGUGUGCAUGCGUUUGCUGGGGGAAGUGGUCCACGGCCUUGACCAAACACUGUGAACCGUUCGUUGUGUGUCAGAGGUGGUGGUAGAGGACAGUAUGAAAACAGGGACUGUGCUCACUUUUAUUUUUGUUGAUUGUACAGAGCUAGAAAAAAAUUAGUUUACUAAUUCCCAGAGGAAGACAUCCUCAGUGAACGCUGUCGUCACAGUGGUGACCUGACACUGAACAGGGACGUCGGGGGUUCUUUAGAACUUGACUUCACAAAAGGCUAACAGUAACAGAUGUCCAUUUAGAGGUUCUUGGAUUAUUUGGGGGGUACUAGAGGACCCGACACUUCUUGGAAGCAACCAUUUUUAUUUCCAAUUAUAAUCCCUAAAAAUUUAUAAUUGAUAAAUAUAGUAACACAGGGAACAAAGAUACUUAAGUUAGAUCUAAGUUAAAAUGUUUUCAAAGUCUAAAAAUGGGCAAAACUAAUAUCAACAGAGGCAGAAACUCGUGGAAUAUUGUAAGAAAACCAUGUUGUUCAGGUAGCUACAUGUGAUAAAGUCGUACUUGAAUUGGGUACUGCCUCUCAAAUGUACCUACCAAGCUUGCUCAAAAUGUUUUUUUUUUGUUUUUUUUUUUGGUUUUUUUUUUUUUUUUUUGGUAGGGUCAACAGUUUUUCAACAGCCACAACCAAAGCUACUCAAAGGCAGAAUGUAAAUAUUUAAAUAUGCUUGGGAGCUGAAUGGAUGACUCAGUACUUAAGAGAACUUACUUCUCUUGCUGAGGACAUGGGUUCAGUUCCUAGGACCUGUGGCAGGUGGUUUACAACCUCUGGAAGUCUAGCUCCAGGGGAUCUGGCACCCCCUUCUGGAAUCCAUGAGCACCUGUACUCAGAAUGGUUAUGUACCCCCCCCACACACACAUACAUACAUACACAUAAUUAACAGUAAAAUACAUUUAAAUAUACAUAGGAAGCUGAAGAAUGGGGCCAUGGACUAUGUCAUUUCCAUUUUUGUAAUGCUUAAGAGUCUAUAAUUAUUCCAAAAUAAAAGGAUUUUUAAAAAGCAAACCUAAUAGAGUAAGUUUAUCACUAUCUACAUAUCUUUAUCUUAAAAUUUAACACUGUAGACCUAGUAUUUAGUUCCAAAUGAGAACUAUAUUAUAUAUUGAUAAACUUUGUUAUGUCAUUCUUGAGUUUAGAGAAAAAGCAGCUCGGGUUUCUAACAGACACUCUCUGAAGAUCCCCCUUGCCUUGUGAGCAUGUUUCUGACAACCGUACACCAAAACUAAUUUUCCAUUAAAAUAUCAAGAUGCUUAUGAUUUUAUGUUUCUAAUGUAUGUUUUCUCCUAUGUCAGCUGAGUUCAUAAUUGAGGGCAAGAUACUUUGAGUCCUCUCCUCUGUCUGUGUGUGAGCUUUCCUCUUUGCCUGCUACUUCUUUCUCUCUGUGUAUUCACAGUGUGCACCUUGUGCACUGACAUCACCCUCUGUUGCAGGAGGUGUGACACAGCCGUGCACAAUUUUUUUUUUUUAAGCUCAAAGGGAGUUUGUGACUUUGUGUUGUCCUGGUUAUCUUUAGAGUUGAAAUUGUGAGCAGAGCCACAGAGGUCGUCUGGGUUGUGACGAUGGUCUUUGUGUGUGUUCUUGGCGGUAGAAGUCAGAGGUUUGUCUCCCUGCCUCAGCUUCUGCUGUUGUUCACGUGAAGUUUAUAUUUAUUUCUUACUGUUUCCAUGUUUUUUAAACAAAUUUUAAAGAAGUUCGUGGGUACAUGAAAUUGCAGCUCAGUAGUCCGGGCCUGGAAAGGCCAACUGAGGCGUCCCUGGUUUUCAGAGCUGCUCUUCCUGAUGAGAGCCAGGAAGACUUUUGUUCUUUGUUAGUGUGGACGUUGCUGGUGGUGUUGUAAUCUCUGGGGGCCCAGGAUGCUUGUUUUGUACUCAGGACUGUUGUCCAAAACAAAUGAGGACUCUGGGAAUUUAAAAGGCUUAAAAAAAUAUUUUUCCAGAAAAACAGUCCAUGAAUUACUUAAAAGAAUUAACAUUCUUGAAUAGCAGCAUGUGAUAAAAGGGAAGCUUGAGCUGAUUGCUUGUGAAUAAUGAGGGUGUGUUGUGAAUAAUAGAGGAUUGCUCCAACAGAAUGCUAGCUUCUUUCAAAGGGGAAAAAGGCUAGUUAUUUUUAUGACCUCAUUACUAUUAAUUUGAAGUUAUAAGGUAAAAACAUUUAGUUUAUGCAAGAGUAGAUUCUAAGAGGGUAUUUGGCAGAAUAUAUUGUUCUUAUAAGUUUGUAAAAUGCUGGAUUAUGCAAAGCUGACUUGCUGUAGGCUUUUCAGAACCUUUGAUGUGUUAAUGUGUGUUUUUGGUUUCCAGCUUCAGAGAUAUUUUAUUUUAUUAGCAAAGAGGACAGUGAGCCAGGCUUCGUGCGGGCACAUGCACAGAGGACAGUGAACCAGGCUAUGUUCAGGCACAUGCACAGAGGGCAGACUGAACCAGGCUAUGUGCAGGCACAUACACAGAGGACAGUGAACCAGGCUAUGUGCAGGCACAUGCACAGAGGACAGUGAACCAGACUAUGUGUAGGCUCAUGCACAUCUCCCAUGGGGGACUCAUUGUCUCCACUAAGCACCUCUGUUUAAUAUACUAGUUCCCUAACUUACUUAACUGAGGAUUUUUUUUUAAGUGGGUGUUUUCUGGGAUUUGUGUUCAGAGAAAUUUACUUAGGAGAACAUUGAGUAUUUUGUUCUCUGUGCUCAUUACAAAGUUUCUACUUUGAGUGUUUCUCUGGUAAUAGUAAGGGUAACUAAACAAGCUUCAUUUCAUCCCAGAGUGUAAACCAGCUCACCAUUUUGUCAGCCUUUGCAACAUAUAUACACAGUCACAGGCUCAGCGCUCCAGGGCUUGGAUGUACAUUUGAAGCACAACUUGCCUGGGGUUCUGAGUGCUGGUGUAAUGGUGAGCAGCCAACAACAUGAAAAGCUCUCGAAUCUUAGUUCUGAUGCUUUGGUUUUCCUCUUGAAGAUUAGAGCAAUGCCUGUAAUCAUGUAGUUUACAUUUCCCAGAUCCUUGGCGAUCACGGGAAGCACCCUGCCAGAGUUUGCAUCAGCCUCUGAGAGUCAUCUGAGAAGGAAAAGGCCAUUCUGGCUGCUUGUUCUUUGGUCCAUGUGCUGCUGCCAUCUUGAUCUGAUGGAGGAGGGGUGUACACAAGCCUUUAAGUUCAUAUAGAUGAUUUGGGUUUCUCUUACAUUGUAUUGUUUUGUAAAAUAGGAACUGUCUUUAAGUGAGACUGAAGUUUUGUAGCUUUACUUUAGCUUUCUGGAAGAUCAACAGAGGAAAGGACAAGAACUACAUAUGAUGUUUAUUGGCUCUGUCUCCCAAGGCAGUCUCUGGAUGGGAAACAACUUAAGCAUCUGUACAGGUGUGCAAAUACUAUAAGCAGCAAUGUCAGCCAUGGCCUCAUAUUCUAGCCUUGCCUACUGUGAAUGUAUUUUACCUAGAGCUGAUGUAGAAAUAGCCAGAAGUGGAAAUGAUGGUCAUUGUUAAGAGUCUAUUCUGAUAAAUUAUAAACUGGAUAUAAUCUUAAAAUAGCUAUUUUCUCAAUAAAAUUUCAAAUCACCUGA